AUGCGAUGUAGUCAUAACACCUCUGAUCGAUUUAUUAAGCUGUCUCGUCCAAGAUCAUUCACUCAUCAACAAAGGUUGGCCACAGGUUCACAAUUAAUGUCGCAUCAUUCGAUAUUAAGGAAAGUAAUCCCUAAAUUGGCGAGAGGAUAUUCAAGUUCGACGGCGGAGAAUCGAGAUAAUAAUGAUUCUAUUAAGACUUCAAAUGGAAAAGCACCUUUAAAGCCAAAGAGAGUUUUGGCUAAGCAAUAUGAUCCAGCCAAGGUUGAAGAAGGAUGGUAUGAAUGGUGGGAGUAUAAAGGGUUUUUCGGGGCUAAAGGAGUCACAAAAGAGGGAAUGGAUGAGCAUCCUAAAAAAACUUUCACAAUGCUGUCACCUCCUCCAAAUGUUACCGGGGAUUUACAUAUCGGUCAUGCAUUGACUUUUAGUAUUCAGGAUUCAUUAGCAAGAUGGUUUAGAAUGAGGGGUUACUCUGUGUCUUGGAUUCCUGGUACUGACCACGCGGGCAUUGGAACGCAAUCCGUAGUGGAGAGGCAUCUUUUCAAAGAAAAAUCACUUACGCGCCACGAUAUCGGCCGAGAAAACUUUAUAAAACAAGUCUGGGAAUGGCGUAAACUUCAUGGCGAUCAAAUAAUCAAACAAAUGAGACGUUUAGGGGCUUCGUUGGAUUGGGACAAUUUAUUUUUUACUAUGGAUUCUCAGAGAUCUAAGGCUGUCAUAAAUGCGUUCAUAAGACUGUUUAAUGAUGGAAUGAUUUAUAGGGACACGAGGCUUGUAAAUUGGUGUUGUGCCUUGGGAACCGUGAUUUCUGAUAUCGAAGUAGAUUAUGAAACUAUUUCAAAACAAACAUUUCUAGACAUUCCUGGUCGCGAUGAAAAAGUGGAGUUUGGGGUUUUACACAACUUUGCCUAUCCUAUUGUGGAACCAUGCGGGGAUAUCAAAGAAUUAGUCGUGGCAACGACUAGACUUGAAACUAUAUUAGGGGAUGUUGCGUUGGCGAUACAUCCUGAUGAUCCACGAUAUAAAUCAUUACAUGGGAAAUCGGUUAUUCAUCCUUUAUUGAAUAGAGUGCUUCCUAUUGUAUGUGAUCCUGAGCUUGUGGAUACGAGCUUCGGGACGGGAGUUGUCAAGGUGACGCCUGGGCAUGAUUUCGAUGACUAUGCGUGUGCCAAAAGGCAUCGGUUACCAAUAGUAAACAUACUUAACAAAGAUGGAACGUUGAAUGAAAAUUGCGGAAUUUCAACUUUAAUGAAUAAAGACAGAUUUGACGCUCGUAAGGAUAUCAUAUGUCGACUUCAAGAAUUAGGGUAUUAUCGAGGAAAAAGGAUCGAUAAUGAAAUGAGGGUUGCCAGGUAUAUAAGAUGUCGAGAUAUGCAAUUAAGAGCUCUCGAAGACGUUGAGAAAGGAGAAAUCGUGAUAAAACCAAGCUAUCAUGUUGAUGAAUGGAAUAGAUGGCUGGGAAAUAUUCAGGAUUGGUGUAUAUCACGACAACUAUGGUGGGGACAUCAGAUUCCGGCAUAUAAUCUAACUUACGAAGGCCAAAAAUCUGCCGAAGAAAUAUGGUUUGCCGCAGAUUCCAUGUCUGAAGCUGAUAAACUUGCAAAAGAGUAUUUGCUUAAACUCAACUUAUCGCCGAUACCCAAUUACGCAUUAAAACAAGAUGAAGAUGUACUCGAUACAUGGUUCUCAUCAGCCUUGUUACCAUUGUCUUCUCUGAAUUGGUGUGGAGAUCACAACAUUCCCGUGAAUUAUCCAACGAACAUCAUAGAAACUGGAUUUGAUAUUUUAUUUUUCUGGGUAGCCAGAAUGAACAUGUUGUGUACUUAUUUUUCGGGGAGGCCACCUUUCAAGGAAAUUUUGUUGCAUGCAAUGAUCAGAGAUGCUCAAGGGAGAAAAAUGUCAAAAUCUCUGGGAAACGUGAUUGAUCCUCUGCAUGUGAUUGAUGGGGUAACAUUGAAUGAAUUACGGUUGAAUGUAUCUAAAAGUAACCUGUCAAAAUCCGAAAUAGAAAAAAGUAUUAAAAACUUGACUCGUGAAUUCCCCCAAGGAAUCAAACCAUGUGGCACUGAUGCUUUAAGAUUCGGGUUGGUCAACUAUACUCGUCAGACACGUCAGAUUAAUAUGGAUAUCACGUAUAUAAAAACGAUACAACAUUUUUGCAACAAAAUAUGGAACCUCUUCAGAUUUUCGAACGAAAGAUUUGACGCUCUACAUCACACCACACACAUUUCUGCUGAUUUCAUCAAUCCUACUGAGUUUUUGUCAUCAUCCCUCAGCAAUCUGACAUUGAUCGAUCAGUACAUAUUAUCAAGAUUAUCCAUCACGGUGGCUAAAUGCCAGGAAGGAUUCGAAAAUUUGGAAUUAUAUGAAGCGACCGAAGCCAUUCGAAGCUUCAUUAUUGAAGAUUUGUGCGGGAUAUUUUUGGAAUUCAUUAAACCUGUUUUGUAUGGAAGUUCUGAAGGCUCCGGCAUUAAGACUCAAAAAAGUACUUUGGAAGUCCUAGAAAUAUGUUUAAAUUCUUCCUUAAGACUUUUGCAUCCUUUUAUGCCGUUCAUCACAGAGGAACUGUGGCAAACUCUCGUUGAAAGAUCCAACCAUAUGAUUUCAAAAGUUCCAGAUUCGAUUAUUAUUACAAAGUAUCCAAGGAAAGAAGAUUUUGAAAGAUUUAAGGACGACAAAGUCGAGGAAGAUAUGAAGACCAUUCUAAGUGUGAUCCACGCUUCAAGGUCACUUCGUCAGAAUAAUGAUAUACCCCAAGGAAUACAACUACCUUUCAUAUUAUGGAUUGAUGACCCGAAAUUUUUGGAUGAACAAAGCCCCAUUGUAAGAUUCGUCGCUGAUAUAAGGAACUUUAUUAAAGCGUCGGAAAUUCGUGUGAUCUCUCUUGGAAAAUCACAGGUCAAUUUGUUUACAAUGUUUGAAAGAGAUUCCCGUUAUACGGGUUUGAUUGCUAUAAUCAUUUGGUUUUUCGAAAAAUACCAGGAUGAGCAAACAUCUCGAUUGCUUGGAAAUUCAGAAGUCAGUUUAGUGACUCCAAAUUUAAAGGUUGGCAUUCCUAUGAGUGCAAUUGUAGAAAUUCAAUCUGCUUUAGAAUCGAGUGCCACAGAUUUUACGAAAAAGAAAGCUAAGGAAUCAGAUACAGAAUCAGAAAAACUGCAAAAAUUAACUAAAAAAGUUGAAAAGGUUACGAAUGAUUUGGAAAUGUUGAGGGAGAUAAUCGGCAAUACUUCUUAUUUGGAGAAGGUACCUGAAAAGAUUAAGGAAAUAGAUAGGUUUGUGAUGUUCUACUAA